UCACCUCCUACCGCUCCUGCUGCAGUUGCAAACAUCGCCAUCAUCACCAUCAUCAACCAGAGCUCAACUGACAGCUGUUUAUGUGUGCAGUGAGAGCCAGAGGGGGGAGAGGAGUGUGAACGGGCGCGACCCCGGGCUGCAGUCCCCGUGCGUCACAAAGGCUGCCACGUGCGUGCUCUCUCGGCACCAGGUAAGGGAGGAACAGGCGGUGGAGGUGGUGGAGGAGGAGUCACUCCCCCCACCCCACAGUGGCUGCUGCGUCAUACUCGUUAACCAUUGACGCAUUAUUCCUCCACCCUCGUCCGUUCACCUCCAACAAAAUCGCUCGUCUCUGUGCCACCGCUCGCAGAAAGCUGCGGCGUCCAGAGGGGGCAUGGUGCAAAGAAACCACAAGAUCUCUUCGCGGCUUCCCACGAUGGUGUGUGGACGCAGAGGCAUCAACAUCCCCACAGUCAUGGUGGUGCUGGGGGCGCUGACCUUCGCCUGGUUCAUCUUCACCGACAAUGCGCCCUUAAGCUUCUCCAACACCUCCAGCCUCAAGAUCAAACUCAAGCGGCUGCAGCAGCAGCCGGGCGACGGCACGCAGCCUUCGUCCGCGGACGGAGCCGCCGCUGAGGCCGCCGUGCCUCUGGAAAGCACGCCGGCCGAGAUGGCCGCGGACGGCCAGUUGCUCCGGGCUCGCACGCACACCCUCAUCAUGUCCACCUGGCGGUCCGGCUCCAGCUUCGUCGGCCAGAUGUUCAGCCAACACCCCGACAUAUUCUACCUCUUCGAGCCGGCGUGGCACGUCUGGUCGGGCCUCAUGGCCUCUAACGCUAGGGUGCUGCAACCGGCGUGCCGCGACAUGCUCGCUCAGCUGUUCCGCUGCGACGCGUCGGUCUUCGACUACUACGUGCCGCGCGCGGGCAACCGCGACCUCUCGUCGCUGUUCAUGCACGCGACGAGCCGGGCGCUGUGCACGCCGCCCGCGUGCGACGCGUACACGCCGGCGGAGAUUAGCGAGGAGAAGGCCUGCGCCACGGCGUGCAAGCACGAGAGCUUCGACCGCAUCGGGGAGACGUGCGCGCAGUACAAGCACGUGGUCAUCAAGGAGGUGCGCUUCUUCGACCUCAACGUCCUCAAGCCGCUCAUGGUCGACCCGUCGCUCAACCUCAAGAUCAUCAACCUGAUCCGCGACCCACGCGCCGUUGCGCUCUCUAGGGACAACGCGCCGCGCGGCCUCAAGCGGGACAACGGCAUCGUGUUGGAGCGCGGCGGGCAGCUCAUCCUCGACGUCAACUACACGGCGCUCAAGACCAUCUGCGACAGCCAGGCGGACAUGGGCGAGGCGGCGCUCGUGGGCAAGCAGCCGUACUGGCUGCGAGGGCGUUACCGCCUGGUGCGCUUCGAGGACCUGGUGAAGGAGCCACGGCAGACGGUGCUGGACCUGCAGGCGUUCGCCGGCGUGCCGCGCAACGACCGCAUCGCCUCCUGGGUGCACAACCUGACGCACGGCUCUAAGUCGUCGGGCGACGUAUUCUACGUGGUGCCCAAGGACGCCGUGAAGGUGGCGCAGAAGUGGCGGCUGGAGCUCACCUUCGCCAAGGUCCUGCAGGUGCAGAAGGCGUGCGAGAGGAUGAUGAAGAUCUUUGGCUACAGGUUCAUACGGACGCUCGGCGAACUCAAGAGCAUGGACGUGAACCUGAUCGACGACCUGAAGUUCAGCGUCUUCGGAAACUGAGUGAGCGCGCUGCGUGCGUGCCGCCCGGGCCCCGGGGUGGGGGGGUGGGGGGGUCACCGCUUUGGCCGGCGCAGAGAGCGGCGAACAUUUUGCCGAUUUCGCGUUUUUUGUGUCGCGUCGCGGUCGCGGGUGGAGUUGGAUCGCAGUUUUUAGCGGCCUGUGCAAUGCGCUUCCUCGCGGCGGUUUUGCCGAAGGGAGGAUUCUUUCUGCUCAGAGUGGGGGGAGGAUUCUACAGUGAUUAUAUCUGUGCAUUGUUCUGUUGAACCUUGGGGAUGCUGGCAAGAUGUAAUGGUUAGCACACUGUACUUGCAAUGCAGGGGUCGCCUUACACGGCGCGGCAGCUGAAACAAUGGGGCAAGUUCCAGAAAUGCCAACACCACCUCUGUCCACCGUGCAGCCUAAAGCGGGUAACACAAAACAAUCGGUGGAUGGGCAAGUGGCGUGUGGUGGGGUAAAGUGUGGGUACCUCCCACCUCGUCCCAACAUGUCUGGCCGGCGGGGAAUGAAAGGCAAACGACCCUCGAGAGUUUUGCUCAAGUGGAGGCCCUUUUGCCAGCGGUGGCAUGCGUAAGACAUUUUCAAGGCUGCACCUUUAUUGGUUUCAUUUUAGUCAUCGUCGCCGUCAAAGUGUUGCUUGUUGGUGACGUCCGGAUCACAGCGGGGGGAACGCUGUCAGCAGAGUUACUGCGAUGUAUUGUUGCUGUUGACGUGACGUUACGAUAUCAAACGUCACAAGACGACGAUUGUCACGAUAUCAGCUUCCACCUUAACCCCGUAGCUGGUACUCCCGGUACAACUCGCGACAAGUUCUCUGACGCCGUGGUGCGCGUUGGGCAACACGCGGUCACACGCCCCGCCACGAGACUUCAGAUCGUGGCUGCUUCACGACAUCUACCGACUCAUUGCGCAAACACAGCCAGCUGCGUGUACGUACUGCGUGUACGUACGUACUGCGUGUACGUACGUACUGCGUGUACGUACGUACUGCGUGUACGUACGUACUGCGUGUACGCUGAACUUCUCAUUCGCACCGUGCUUAGCCAACCUUACUAAUCGGAGGUGCGAGUGAAUCGAUCGGACGGGACAACGGAGAGGGAGACGUCGCAGAUCCAUCGAGAAUACUUUUUAAUUUAGGAGAAACGUUUUUAGAGCUCUCUUAUUAUUUUUUCCUAAAAUGUUGUGAAGUUUACCAUCUUGUUUGAAAUGCUUUGCUCAAGGAGUUGAACGUGAGAAUGUUUUUUUUUUACAAGCAACGACGUUUACACGAUACUUGCAGAAUAACGGACGAUGCUGGGAUUUUCUUGGACCUUGAAUUGUACAAUAUGCGUCGCAGUAUUGCCGUAUCGUGGCGGCAAUACUGGUUUAUGGCAAUCAGAUUAUUUUCUUGAAAUGGGUGCUAGGGAACAACUCUGGAAGCCCAGGAAAAUUGUCCAGAAUUGUGAAAGUAUACCGAAUGAAAAUGCAUUUUGUUUAAUGUUGGUAAGAAAUAAUAGUACAUUCUGCACACUUGCCUGUAAAAACCUCCGCAUCGGAGGUUUGUCCAUAAUAGAGGUUUUUUUGGGUUAAAUCGCUCUAUUUUUGGGUUAGAUCCCUCUCAAAAAGAAAACCUCUGAUGGAUAUUGGUCACGAAAGCGUGUAAGCUACGCUGAAGCUCAUUGGUGUUGUGGACUCGUGAAAAGCGGACCAACAGGGUUCAUUGGCAACGUUAAUUUGGCUGUUGCCAGAGUAUUUGGCUGUUGCUAUAAAUUCCCAAGUGAUAAGCCACUUAGUGAAGCUAUCAAUUGUGGCCAGAGAAAAUGCAUUGAAUGAGUUUUCUUAUGAUUAUUAUUCUGAGGCUCUGUUAUAAAAAGUUUGUAAUGUCUAGACCGUGCUCCCUCUCCCUUGUAUCAGCAAUGAUCUCCCAAUAACGGCGCAGGACUUUGGAUGUGCCGCUCACGGAGCUAAUUCCACCUUUGUGAGGUC